GGAUCGGUGGUUGCUUCUCGCGUGAGUGGCGUCUGUGUGUCUGUUGGUACGCGAUCUGUGAUCAUCUCCAGAACGCCUGUCACGCGAGUUCAUUCAGUGACACUCUCACCUCAACGGCUGUCAAACGUUUGACUGCUCAGAACACCAGCAAGAGACAUCUUCACAUCUUCACAUCUACAACGUUCGAUGCUACUUGCGUGUAGCGCCUGACGACAACAGCAGUGUUCCGCCUCUUCGCGAUGCAUACACUAGACUUCUACGUCGGCGUGUGUAUGUGACUGCAUUCAUACUGUGAUAGCUCCGUGUGUGCGCGCGCGGGAACAGGUGUGUCCGCAGUGACAACGAAAUGAACCGAGGCACACCGUACACCGAUAUACCAGAUACACUGUACACGUUGCUGGCUUAGCAACGCGGGCUUGCUCUCUCGCGAUGCACGUCGCCACGUCGUUGUCGCCCGUCGGCGACGCCGGAGACCCCGUCAGUGAGGAGACGGUGGCGCUGCUGCAGUUUAUCGACGAAGUGUCGGUGAGCAUGAAGACCGUACUCGACCGACCGACGAAGCCGCGCAAGAAGGUCAACCAUCGCAAGUACCUGCAGAAGCAGCUGCGACGCUGCGGAGCCGUCGUGCACGCCGUCGUCGCCACGCCGACUGAGAAACCGCCCGACAAGAUCCCGUCGGCGUCGGUUGGGGUGUCGUCGGCAGGAGGCAGCAGCAGUAGCAGUCGGUCGAAGCUGCUCGACGCGCUCUUUGAUCCGAAGACGGUGCAUGAGAAGUGCUGCGCCACGCGGCGACGCGUUGGCGCCAAGAUGCCGCUGAGGAGUCGAAACCUUCCCGCGUCAUUCUUCGUUGAGCCGCGCUGCGCCGACGACGACGUCGGACAGCAGCCGACGAACGCGACGCACCCCAUGCCGACGACGACGACGGUGGGUGGAGAGCGCGCAAAUGGCGUCGUGCGCUGGUGGCAGAGCAGUCCCGACGCGUCGGCGUGCGACGUCGUCGGUGCGCCGCUCGGCUACGGUCUGACCGGACUGGCCGACGAGGAAGCGAAUCGAGAAUGCGCGCCGUAUUUCUACGGCGACGGACUCGCACCGAACCACCACGUCGGCUACGGCGCUCCCGGCGUCGGCCACUACUUUGGGCAGGUGGCGCUGGCGGCGCAGCAGUCAGCGUACACCGAGCUUCAUCAUCAUCAUCAUCAUCAACAACAACAACAACAACAACAGCAGCAGCAGCAGCAGGAGGAGGAGCAGCAGAUGAGCAACAAGAUAGGCAUCGCGUGUGGUGGUGCUGAGUACCGCGGUGUGGCGCCACCCGCCAGGGUAUCGCAUUUAGACACAUCGGCAGCAGCAGCGGCAGCAGCGGUGGCGCUGACACUUCACGCUGUCGACAGACACGCUGUCUACGACCAACCUCAGCAGAGCUCGCCCCACAGCUCCUGCUCGAGUCCCCGCUACCAGGUAACCUCCGCCGCGCCACACCUAGCCGACGUGACGGCUUACCAUCGACCGACGCCCGACGCGAUGUCGCCACCGUCGCACCUAGCCGACGUGACGUCUUACCAUCAACCGACGGCGAUGUCGGCGCAUCUGUACCCGUCGCUGUCGCUCGACGGACUGCACCACGAGUUUCCCGCGAACCAAUCGACGAUGCCUUCCAUGGAUUCGACGGAGAGGCUGCGCCAUUAUGACGGACUGGCGGCCGUGCAGCCUCUGCCGGCGUUUCCUGAUGUCUUUCCAACGACCCAAAGACCGGAGCAGCAUCGGCGGCUGAUGCAGACGACGAUGUGAAUGUGAAUUGUCGGCGAACAGUGCGUAUUGCGCGCGGUCAUCGUCAGAACAGAGGCAUUUCGUAUAGGGCUAUAUCUCGCGCCCGCGGUGCGUGUACUAGCGUGCGGAACGGACAGUAUAUCAUGUAAUAGCAAUAAACGCGCUCGCUCGCUCGCACGCACGCACGCACGCAUGCAUACCAACAACAC